AUGUCUACCCUAUUUGAAGCCGUUCUUCAAUCCGAGCAAGGGCCCGGGUCGAGCGCCCGUGAACAUUAUCGAUCCGAUAACCUUCCCAGCUCUCGCCGCUCAGAAAGCAAUGGUCCCCAUAGUGAUAUGAACAAUUUCCCAGAUGAUCAAGUUGUCGGAGCAGGCACCUCAACAGCCAGCCGGCUACGGAAUCCCUACACCGCAGGCCCCCCGCCCGUGAUUGAUGAGGCUGGAGAGAAGGUUCAGCAAGCAUUCCAAAAACUGCUCGAGACAUUCAUGGAGGAGCCUUCAUCAUCUGCUCCACCAUCAUCGGGCGGGAUUCUGAGCGACAAGUACUAUGUCGCCCAAAUCAAGGGCAUGAAAAAAUUCGAACUCUCCACCCUGUACGUGGAUUUCAACCACCUGAGUGCUUGGGAGAACCCCAUUCUGGCCACCGCCAUUUCCGAGCAAUACUACCGUUUCCUCCCUUAUCUUACCAAGGCGCUUCACAAUCUGGUCGCCAAAUAUGAACCGGAAUACUUUGUGUCGCAUCGCAUGGCCUCGACCGCCUCCACCAACGCCAGUGUCUCGGUGGCCUCCGCCUACGCCGGUGUCACAGAAAACCGCGAAUUGGAUAGCCAAAUUCGUGGAAAGACUCGCCAUCAACAAACCGACAAGUUGUUCGCCUUGGCUUUUUACAACUUGCCAUUGAUCUCCCGACUCCGACAACUUCGUACCAAACAGAUCGGAGCUUUGCUGUCGGUCUCCGGAACCGUCACCAGAACCUCUGAGAUCAGACCCGAGCUGUCACUCGGUACCUUCAUCUGUGAGGCUUGCAAGACUGUUGUGCCCAACGUGGAGCAAAUCUUCAAAUACACCGAGCCCCCAGAGUGUCCAAACUCAGUCUGUGGUAACCGUAAUGGUUGGCGCUUAGACAUCGGCAAGAGUACCUUUGUCGAUUGGCAGAAAGUUAAGCUUCAAGAGUCGUCCCACGAAAUCCCGACCGGAAGUAUGCCUCGCACGAUGGAUGUCAUCCUCAGAGGUGAGAUGGUUGACCGCUCCAAGGCCGGUGAGCGAUGCAUCUUCACUGGUACCUUGAUUGUUGUCCCCGACGUGAGCCAACUUGGAUUGCCCGGUGUGCGUCCUGAGGCGGUUCGUGAUAAUGCCUCUUUCCGCGGCAGCGAGGUGGGAGGCGGUGGUGUCUCUGGUUUGAAAGCUCUCGGUGUCCGCGAUCUGACUUACCGACUGGCUUUCCUUGCAACCAUGGUCACCCCUGAUACUUCCACCCCUGGUCAGAAGCCCGAACAGCAACUCAAUGGCCAAUCAAACAACAUUCUAGCCUCUUUGAACCAAAACACCGACCCCGACAUGAACGAAGACAAGGCUCAAGAGGCCUUCCUCCAAAGUCUUACUCCGAUGGAGGUUCAGGACUUGAAGACCCUGGUCCACUCAGAGUAUAUUUAUUCACGAUUGGUUGACUCGAUUGCCCCCAUGAUUUGGGGCCAUCGUCAGAUUAAGAAGGGUCUAUUGCUGCAACUAAUUGGUGGUGUCAGCAAGAAGACCUCCGCCGAGAGCCUUCAGCUGCGUGGUGACAUCAACGUUUGUAUUGUCGGUGACCCAUCCACCAGUAAGAGUCAGUUCUUGAAAUACAUUUGCUCCCUGCAUCCCCGUGCGGUCUACACCAGUGGUAAAGCCUCUUCGGCUGCUGGUUUGACAGCUUCGGUUGUGAAGGAUGCUGAGACUGGCGAGUUCACCAUUGAAGCCGGUGCGCUGAUGCUGGCCAACGGAGGUGGUAUCUGUGCCAUUGAUGAAUUUGACAAAAUGGACAUUGCCGACCAGGUUGCCAUUCACGAAGCCAUGGAACAGCAGACCAUUUCUAUUGCCAAGGCCGGUAUUCACACCACUUUGAAUGCCCGUGCCUCCAUUCUCGCCGCCGCCAACCCUAUUGGCGGUCGUUACGACCCGAAGCAAACCUUGCGCCAGAACUUAAACUUCAGCGCACCCAUCAUGAGUCGAUUCGAUGUGUUCUUCGUCGUCCGCGAUGAGCCCAAGGAGCAUGUGGACCGCAACCUAGCCGAGCAUAUCGUCAACGUGCACAUGAAUCGUGACGAGGCAGUUGAGCCCGAGCUGAGCACUGAGCAGCUGCAGCGCUACAUCCAGUUCGCGCGUACUUUCCGCCCCGUUUUCACCGACGAGGCCAAGAGUCUCCUCGUCGAGAAGUACAAGGAGCUCCGCGCCAACGACGCACAGGGUGGUAUGGGUCGCUCAUCCUACCGCAUUACUGUCCGUCAGCUCGAGUCCCUGAUUCGUCUUUCCGAGGCCGUUGCAAAGGCCAACUGUGUGGAAGAGGUUAUUCCCAAGUUCGUUAUUGAGGCCUACGAUCUCCUUCGCCAGAGUAUCGUUACUGUCGAGAAAGACGACGUGGAGAUGGAUGACGAUGCACCUGCUGCUGCCGCCGCUGAUGAUGACGAGGAUCAAGAGAUGGCAGACCGUGAUCGCGAUGGUGACAGCCCCAUGCGUGGAGAGGAGGAAGAGGCCCCCGCCCAGCCUAAGCCGGAGCGCACGAAGACCAAGAUCACAUACGACAAGUACGCGAAGAUCCUGAACCUCAUUGUGCGCCGAGUCCGUGAGGAUGAGGUCAACCAAGGAGAAGGUGUUGAGCAAGAGGACCUGAUUCUAUGGUACCUGGAGCAAAUCGAAGGCGAGAUGGAUACUCAGGAGGAUUAUGUUCGUGAACGAGAGCUGGUCACCAAGGUGAUGAAGCGUAUGGUCAAGGAACGCGUUCUGCUCCGCAUCGCAUCUGACUUGAUGGAAGGAGAGGGCAGAGACGUGCACCCCAGUCAAGCCGACUCGGAGAAGAUCCUCUAUGUGCUGCAUCCUAACUGCGCCUUCGAGGAGAUGUGA